AUGGCGAGAAAACUGGCAGCUUUUCCGGCUCGCUUCCGGCGCAUUGGCGACCCAUCGCCCGGCUAUUGGCCGCUUGACCACGAUCACCACCACGAUCACGACCAACUCCUCGCUCCCCAUCGCCAGUCGAUGCUGUGCACCAUCUUUCGUAUUCCACUGAUCAUCCCCAUCCUCCUCGUGGCCACUCUCCUUACAGCCGGGUUCGUCCUGAUGGCCGAGUCCACCGCGUCCGAGUCGCAUUGGCGAUUCUCCAUUGUCCCAGGUUAUUUCCUGCAGAGUGAACCCACCACCGACGCAGACAGCUUUGACUAUGUCUCCGCCAACUUCGGCCUGAUCCCGCGGCCCUACGACUCGGACCCCGAGUUCGACCCGGAGGGCAACAAGACGCAAUGGGAGCGCUUCGAGCACCAGGUCCGGACGCUGAACCGAGAUGCUGAGCCCGACACCGCCUACAAGGUGCUGUUCCUGGGCCGGCACGGCCAAGGCUAUCACAACGUCGCCGAGGCCAAGUACGGCACCGAGCUGUGGGAUUGCUACUGGUCCCUCCUCGACGGCGACGAGAACGGCACCUGGGUCGACGCCCGCCUCACCUCGCUCGGCAUCUCGCAAGCCCAAACCGCCCACUCGGCCUGGAAGACGCAACUCGCCUACAAGAUCCCCACCCCGGAAUCCUACUACGUGAGCCCAUUGAACCGGUGCCUCGCCACCGCCAACAUCACCUUCAGCGGUCUAAGAAUCCCCCAUACGGACCCCUUCCGCCCACUCAUCAAAGAGCUCCUCCGCGAAACAAUCGGCCAACACACCUGCGACGGCCGCUCGACCAAAUCCGCCAUUGCAGCCGAAUACCCGCUGUACCGCAUCGAACCGGGCUUCGCCGAGGCCGACCCCCUUUACGACGCCCGACUGCGCGAGUCCGACUCGGCCCGCGACAAGCGCUUCCGGGAUCUGUUCCAGGACAUCUUCAGCCACGACAACAACACCUUUCUGUCGUUGACGGCGCACUCCGGCGCCAUCACCAGCAUGCUUCAAAUCACGGGCCAUCGGGCGUUCGCGCUGGAGACCGGCGGCGUGAUCCCCAUCUUCGUCAAGGCGGAGCGCGUGGCGGGGGCGCUACCGCCGAUGCAUGUGGAGCCGUGGUUUCCGCCGCCCGUUUGCAAGGAUGGUUCUGUCCCUCAACUCGGGUAG